UGUGUACUGUUACUUCUACUGGCCUUAUAAGACUGCACGUUUUAGAGGAGAAACUAAGCCAUAAUAAAUAUUUGCUCAACUCUUCGGUUCACAAGGUGAAGUGGCUUUGGGCCAACUCGCUUGACCACUCCUGGCCGCAGCCUGAAGCCCUAGAUCCCUCCCUCUCCAUUCGAGCCAGCCCGGCCGGUGCCACAGAAGUCUUGACGAAUGGCCCAAACGCCGGGCCCCUGCUCGGAGAUACCCUGGUGCAUCCCGGGAAUGGCAGGCUCGGGGAGCUUGGUCCUGCGGCCCUGGAUUCGAGAGCUGGUCCUGGGGUCAGAUACACUGUCAAGUCCGCAGGCGGGGCAGCUGCUAGAGGUGCUACGAGAGGCCGAGGCUCCGGGCCCGUCCCGCGCCCCUGACUCGUCUGAUGUCGCGGCCACACUGCUUGUGUCUGACGGGACCCACAGUGUCCGAUGCCUAGUGACGUGGGAGACCCUGGACGCCUCGGAUUGGGAGGAGAAGGAGUUCGGCUUCCGAGGGGCAGAAGGCCGGCUGCUGCUGCUGCAGGAUUGUGGGGUCCGCGUCCAAGUCGCCCAAGGCGGCGCGCCCGCGGAGUUCUACCUCCAGGUGAACCGCUUCAGCCUGCUGCCCACUGAGCAGCCCCGGGAACGGGUGAUUGGUUGCAACCAAGACCCGGAUGUGCAGAAAAAGCUCUAUGACUGUUUGGAGGAGCACCUUUCAGAGUCCAUCUCCCCCAGUGCAGGCCUUUCACUGUCCCAACUUCUGGAUGAGGUGCAGGAGGACCAGGAGCAUCGGGGGGCGUUAGUGCACCUGGCUGAGAGCUGUCUGAUGCUGGCAGGCCCUUACACAGCACCCCCUCUUACCCGCUGGACCUCCUCCCACCAUACGACCACGGGAGAAGCUGUGUACACUGUCCCCAGCUCAUGGCUGCACAUCUCUGAGAAUGACCAGCGAGUUCUGAGCUCUCUGGGCCCAGGUCAGAGGACACAGGACCCUGAGCUGCCCCCACCAGACCCAGCUCUGGAGGACCUAUCGCUGACCCUGAUCUCUCCUUCCUCACCUACGUCCUCAGGAACCCCUGCUUUACCCGGCCACAUGUCCUCUGAGGAAAGCGGUGCCAGCAUCAGCCUUCUGCCUGCCCUGUCCUUGGCUGCUUCAGACCCAGUGCAGAAGGGCAGCUCCCGGCCUGUGCCAGCCAUCUGUUCAGCCCCUGGCCCCCUGCCCCCCAGUUCCAUACACCCUAGCCGUGGAGCCAGAUCCCCACUCCUGAGCUGUGCCCCAAGUCUCUCACCCCUUGGUCAUGUACCCAGUCCACGUCAGGCCAUUGUAACCAGGUCCCAGAAACCUAACUUGGAGUUCAAGGAGCUAGGAUUGCCCCCCAAGAACCGGCAACACUCUCCAAGGACAAAAACGACCACAGGAGCCCUGGAGUCCAGCCCUGUUGGGGCCCCUCUCCAGAUACCACACCACCUUCAGGACCCUCCAAAGAAGCAUCGUGAUGGUUCUGCCUUCCAAUAUGAGUAUGAGCCACCCUGCACCUCCCUCUGUGCCCAGGUGCAAGCUGUCAGGCUUCCUCCCCAGCUUGUGGCCUGGGCCUUGCACCUUCUGAUGGAGCCACAGCUGGAGUCUGAGCUCACCCAGGUGUGAGGGGUCAUGUGA